AUGAGUGAUCACGACAUGCCUAUGGAGGACGCAGAUAUUGAGCGUCUACUGUUAGAGGAACCGACCCGGUCCGAUCAGAUUGCUUCAAUGAAAGCAUCUCUAGAUACCCUCGUCGGCACGGUUAAGGAUCUAGCAUGUAAAAAUGCUUUACAGGUUCCACAGCAGAGCACAGCUUCGUCAAGCGCGGCUUCGAACCCCGCGGCAACAGAACAACUUAACCGGUUCGAGUUCGAAAACGUGGACUGUCACGCUACAUUCGAUCCCAUCGCGGCAGCGCAAGCUCGAAAAGACGAACAAGCAGCAGCAGACGCAGAAGGAAUCCCCUUGGAUAAUCCCGACAGCAGGGCACCAAGACUUGUGCGAAAAUUCACAGGACACAACGAAUCUUCCGCACAGUUAAAUGCCUACAUGAAGCUGAAGACGCUACGCAUGGAAGAGGACCUGACAAGCUACUGUGUUGAAUUAGAGAAAAUCACGCAAAUAGCCUAUCCUGGAGCCUCCGAAAAGGAGCUGUCGCGCACAAGAGCAUAA